AACGCGCGGCGGUGGACUACACUUGAGCCUGAGCACGGCCUGAACAAUAUUUGUUAGUAAGCCAAAUAGUAAGACGGCAUUCCCCUCUGCAAACAGUCGAAUUCAAGAGCUCAAGCCAAAGAGUACUCGAGCGCAUUGUAGAAUUUUUAUUUAAUAAUCGCAUAAAAAACAAACCCAAGAAGAAAGCCCAAAAGUAAAGAAACCCCAGAAAGCAAGCACGGGUGGUGUGUUAUUUAUUUGAAAGAAACAACAAACCGAGCAAACGACCUGCCGUCGUCUUUCGAAAAAAUCAAAAGUGUUUUUUAAGUUAAUUUGCCAAACACACAAACAAAACAAAGAAUAUAUCAAAGCAUACACAAAUAAUAAUAAUCAGUCUAUCUGAAUAUUUAAACAAAUAUACAGCAACAACAACAACAUUAGCAACACUUCAGUGGGUGAAUCAAAACAAAACUAAAUCACCAUCAAAUUGCAAAGAACCACAAUAAGCAAAGAGAAUAUACCGAACAAGUGCUAAGAAUCAAUGAGAAAUAUUUACAAAAAAAUUUCAAAGUGAACAACAGUGAAGAAAUGUUGCAAAAUUUCCGAUUCAUUAAAGUUAGGAAAAUUUAAAAAAAAUACUACCAGGUCCUGUGCGAGACGACCUAUCAAACGAUCGAUUGCCUUUUCUAAAUCGUGAACGUGCCGUUAUUUUUUUCGUUCCAUCUUGUUGUCGUUGUCGUUUUUCCUCUAGUGAACGCGUUUCCCACAAAUCGGCAUCAUAACGGCUCAACUAUUGAAUAGUUUCCUCAAGGGUUCGCCCCACCAAACCACGAUUGACAUCAUGCAGAAACUCUACUCGGAGGCUCCCACCAGCGGGCCCAUCAGCAUGACCAGCCAGUCCGCUGGGUCGGCGGGUGGAGGAGGGAAUAAUGCUGGCGGCGGCGGGGGAGGUGGCGGUGGUGUAGGCGGCAAUCCCUCCAAUCCCAAUUCACAGAAUCCGAAUGGCAACAAUUUGGGAAAUCCCUCGAAUGGAGGUGGCAACAUGAGCCCCUUGGCCCGAGCUCCUUAUACCAUGAAUGCCAUGAGUAUGCCCGUUGGCGGUGGCAUGUCUUCGGUCUCACCGCAGACGGCGGCCACAUUUGGCUCCAGUGUCUUGGACUCAGCCGCUGCUGUGGCCAGCAUGGGUGGCUCCAUGGGUGCUGCGGCCGCCAUGAACUCCAUGGCCCAGAAUUGUAUGACUCCCAGCAGCAUGAGCUAUGCCUCCAUGGGUUCUCCGCUGGGACAAAUGGGUAAUUGCAUGGGUGGUGGCAUGUCCACCAUGGCAGCCAUGGGUGGUUAUUCUUCCAUGGCUGCGGCGGCUAGUGCCCGGGACUUGGACACCGGAUCUCCCAACUCGUUGAACAGAUCACGUGUUGAAAAGCCCACCACCUACAGGCGCAGUUACACCCAUGCCAAACCUCCCUAUUCCUACAUUUCCCUCAUCACCAUGGCCAUACAGAAUAAUCCCACACGCAUGCUGACCCUAUCGGAGAUCUAUCAAUUCAUUAUGGAUUUGUUUCCCUUCUAUCGUCAGAACCAGCAAAGAUGGCAGAACUCUAUAAGACACUCGCUGUCCUUUAACGACUGCUUUGUCAAGAUUCCUCGUACCCCCGAUAAGCCGGGCAAAGGCUCAUUCUGGACCCUACACCCCGAUUCUGGUAACAUGUUCGAAAAUGGUUGUUAUCUGCGCCGCCAGAAGCGCUUCAAGGAUGAGAAGAAGGAAGCCAUACGCCAAUUGCACAAAUCCCCCUCCCACAGCAGCUUGGAGGCCACCUCCCCGGGAAAGAAGGAUCACGACGAUUCCCAUCACAUGCACCACCAUCACCAUCACAGUCGGCUGGAACAUCAUCAAUCGCAUCAUCAUCACAAGGACAGUGGUCUUGGCGGGGCUUUGAGUUCGGCCCAUGCCAAGGAUGCUGAAGCUCUGGCCAUGCUGCAUGCCAAUGCCGAAUUAGCGUGCCUGGGACAACAGGCCCAACAUGCUCCCUCCCAUCACCAGCACCACCACCAGCUACAGCAGGAGGAAUUGUCCAGCAUCACAAGCAUGGUCAAUCGUUGCCAUCCCUCACUGAUAAGUGACUACCACUCGUCCAUGCACCAUCUGAAACAGGAACCUUCCGGCUAUGCCCCACCCAGCCAUCCAUUCUCCAUCAAUCGACUGCUGCCGACCGAAUCAAAAGCCGACAUUAAAAUGUACGACAUGAGCCAAUAUGCUGGCUACAAUGCCUUGAGUCCGCUGACAAAUUCACACGCUGCCUUGGGUCAAGAAUCGUACUACCAGAGUUUGGGUUACCACGCACCAGCCGGCACGACCACCUUGUGACAUCACCAGUAUCCCUUGGCUUAAGGAAGAGCGGAACAGAUGCUGCGUAAUGCUGCGACCUCAAGCUCUUCGACGGCGAAUGGCGCCAGUGCCUCCAGUGCGGGGGCUGGGGUCACGGCGGCCGCCACCACCACCACCAGCCCCAGUAGUAGCAGCAUCUUCUCAACAGGUACCAGCAGCGGCGGUCAACAACAGCAACAGCAUCACAGCCUACAAAAUCAGCAGCAAAAUCAAAAUGAGUCGGCACCCUCUACAGCGGCGACCACGUCCAGCCAUCAUCAACACCAUCAUCCUCAUCCUUCUCACCACGAGCAACAGCAGCAGCAACAUCAUCAUCUGCACAAUACCAGUUCCUCGGCGGUAGCGGCGGUGAAUUUCUACAAUCAAAAGCUCAAGGCGGCCGCCUACUUGAAUAGCAAAAUGGCAGCUGCAGCCCAUCACCACCACCAGCACCAUCAGAGUCUGCUGCAAAGUCAAUUGACGCCCAGCGAUCUGCAGGAGGAUUCGUCCAACAUAACAAGUGAUCUGAACGAUGAGCAGUUGCAGCAGGUCCAUCAGCAGCAGCAACAGCAGUUCUACAGCAACUAUCAGCAAUAUGCGGCGGCAGCUUCAUCCUAUCGCAACUGGAAUCACACCUUAAGUUUGAAUGGAGCGGCGGCUUUGCAGAAUCUGCUCUAGACGAGGUACAACUACAGAGAGCGAAAAGUAAGUGGAAUGAAUAUAAAAGCCAGGAGAUAUAACUUAAAGGUCUAGCACCAUAUAUGGGCCUUAAUUUUUGAUUUUGACUGAAUCAUGAUCGGUUGAGGAACAGAAUUUCUUAUGUAAAAAUUCCAUACAGCCAUUUUCUUUGUCACCUUGGACGUGAGGCUUGGCAAAAGAAAACACUUUGGCCAGAGUUUCAAUUAACGUCUCCCCAGCCUCAAGAAAUGGCACAGAGUGACUUUUUAGCACCUUUCCAAAGCCACACUAAUCAUCAUACUCAUCGCUGAACGAUUGAACGAUCAUCGGCUGGCAAGAUCCUUGAAGCCAACGGGAAAUGGAAUAGGUCAUCUUAGGCGGCAUGUGCAGAUGGGUGGUUAGCAUUCGUUGGCACCUUUACGCUUGACGCCAUUGAAACCAACCAACCAACAAACAAACAAACAAAAAUCAAAUCUCAAAGAUACCAGAAACCCCUAAGAAGUAAACCUUUGUAAAUAGGCUCUUUAUACAUUUUAGUUUCUUUUUUUUUAAAUUAAAAAUUUGUUUUUUAGUUUUUUACAAUUAUUUUUCUUUAUUUUUUAUUCGUACACAUGUAAUUGUUAUUAAAAUUGAGGAUGAAAAAUGAAAUUUUUUCUAUAAUUUUUAAAAAGUCUUUGGAUUGGACUUUUUAAAAGCAGCAAUCAAAAGUGAUGUAGGUUUAAGUGAAACUAAACGAAACGAAAAUUAAGCAUUCUUUUGUAUAAAAACAAAAUCCUUGAGACCCACAAAUUCUAAACGUUAACUUUUAAUUGAGAAAAGAUGCCCGCAUAAAAACUCAAGCCGUGCCAUGAGUAUGAAAGACAUUUCUAUAACAAAUUUUUUACUUUUCCGCAAAAAGAUCCACAUCUAGACAGAAUAACCACAAAGAAAACCAAUUUUGCAAUUUUCUUUUGUUGUUAUAGACUUUACAGAGUUAAGUGCAAUUUGUUUUUGUUUAAACCUAACAAAUGGAAACCAACUUCGAAUUCAUGAAAAAACUGAACAAAAGACCAAAAAAUGAAUCUUCAAACCUUUUAAUUAACUAAUUUUUAAAUUUUAGUGUUUUAUUUUUUUUUUUUGUAAUUUUUUUAUAUAGUUUAGUUACUGAAAAACUUACUGUUGUAUUGUUAAAUAGAAGACCCUCCAAAUAUUACCCUGCCCCCUACACGUAAAAAAUAAAACAAUUUUUGUAAAAAUCUUGUAAAAAUAUAAAAGUUAAGCCAAGUUAAAAUUAACAUUUAAUCUUAGAAAUAUUUUAAUUAUGAAAACUAUGGAAGGAAAAACCUACAGCCACAUGUACAUGUAAAUUUUUAUUACAACCCUAAGCUUAUUAUUAAAAAAAAAAACACAAAAAACACACACACACACAACAUUAAUUAAUUACCAAAACGAAAAGGAAAAUGUUUUAAAUUUUAAAAAAAUUCCAUAAAUAAAUGCAAUUAUUAUUCAAUAAUUAAAACUAAAACAAAAACAUCUUUUUUAUUAUCACAAUACAAAACCGAAAAAUACCCCUCCU